AUGUCGCGGUGUCCACCUCCAUUCUUCCCCCUUCCCCUCUCAGACGCUGUGGCCGCGGCUCCAGGCAAUCAGAGGUCCUGUUUUAUCUGCUGCAAAAAUGGAGCUAAAUAGUGAUGCAGGAGGUGCAGCCAUCGCAGGAACGACAGAUGAAAGUUAUUUUAUGAGCUAUACCUUCACAGAUAGAUUCCAUUCUGUACGGGUUGCCCAGAGUAUUAUGGAUCUGUGCCUUGAAGACCGGCUGUUUGCAGAUGUUACCAUCUCUGUGGAAGGCAAAGAAUUCCAGCUGCAUCGACUCGUGCUUUCUGCUCAGAGCUGCUUCUUCCGUUCCAUGUUCACCUCUAACUUAAAAGAAGCUCAUAAUGAUGUUAUUGAACUCAAAGAUGUAAAUGCAAGUGUUUUCCAGCUUCUUGUGGACUAUAUUUACCGGGGCACUGUAAAACUGAGAGUGGAGGACCUCCAGGAGACAUACGAGGUGGCAGAUAUGUAUCAGUUAACAUCACUUUUUGAAGAGUGCUCUCGGUUUCUGGCUCGGACUGUUGACAUCAGGAAUUGUUUACAGGUCAUGUGGUUAGCGGAUCAGCACAGUGACCAGAAACUGUACACAGCAGCAAAACAAUGUGCAAAAACACAUCUGUCACAGCUUCACAAGACAGAAGAUUUUGUGAAACUACCUGUAAGAUUGUUUACAGAUAUCAUUAAAGAUGGUGUUCCCAGUUCCCAGAAACCUGCAAAAGCAAUAGAAACAUGGAUAGAUCACAAUAAGGAAGAGCGAGCACAAUAUUCUGAGAACCUGACAUCCAGUUUAAAGGAAAUUGGCGAAAUUGUUCAUAUUUAUCUGAUUGGAAAAGAAGACACUCGGACUCACUCACUGGCAGUUUCUUUACAUUGUGAUGAUGAUGCCAUUAGUGUCAGUGGACAAAAUAGAUUGCGUCAGCAAAUUACAGCUGCGUGCAAGCAUGGCAGUGACUUGUAUGUUGUGGGUGGCCCCAUUCCACGUCGAAUGUGGAAGUGUAAUAUGGAGACAAUGGACUGGGAACAGUGUGCAUCACUGCCAAGAGAUCGCCUUCAGCACACACUGGUAUCUGUACCAAGUGAGGAUGCCAUUUACUCACUCGGUGGAAAAACUCUACAGGAUACACUAUCCAGCGCUGUCAUUUAUUAUGUGGUCUGUGAUAAUGUGUGGGUUGAAACCAAUCAGCUGGACACUGCAGUAUCUUGCGCUGCCGGUGUUAACCUGAAUGGAACUAUUUAUCUUCUAGGUGGUGAAGAGAAUGACUUGGAUUUCUUCACCAAACCAUCACGUCUAAUCCAAUGUUUUGACACACAUUCCAGAACGUGCCAAUUAAAAUCAUACCUUCUCCCCUUUGCAGGCCGUAUGCAUGCUGCUAUUCACAAGGACCUGAUUUUUAUUGUAGCUGAGGGGGAUUCUUUGGUUUGUUACAAUCCUCUGCUCGACAGCUUCACCAGACUGCGUUUCCCAGAGGUAUGGAGUCGUGUACCUUCCCUCUGGAAGAUUGCUAGUUGUAAUGGGUGUAUCUAUGUUUUCAGAGAUAAGUGUAAAAAGGGUGAUGCCAAUACAUUAAAACUGAACCCAGCCACAUCUGUGGUGUCAGUAAUUAGUGGAAUUGAGAUACUGCUGACGAAUUGGCAAUUUGUUUUGGCGUGAUUUCAAGUCAAAACUGCAAUUCACCCUUGCAGGACUGUUUUGCAUUGUGAAGGUUUGUCAAGGUUCGGUGUUACAAUUUAAUUCAGUAUCAAUCCACGAUUGGACAUUGUUUUUUCCCCAUAGCUGACAGUAAUCAGAUAUUUGUUGCAUUUAACAGGAGAUUUAACUGCAGCUUUUAGCUCUUUAGUACAUUGGCCACAAAGUACAUUGUUUCAAAGUACUGCAGUUGAGAACAAAAUUUGAUUUUUAACAUGUAUUGCCUCACAAACUUUAUUGGUCCCAUUUGAAAUUAAAACAAUAAUGUAAAGGUAAAAGAGAAGCUUCAUAAUUCUACAUAAAUGUUAUGUCCAAAAUAUUUUUCAGUAAAGCAAACAGGCAACAUUAUUUUCAACAUUACUUUUAUCUUAAAAUUAUGCUAUCAGUUACUUUUAUAAAAGAAAUAAUGUAGUUCUGCAGUAGGUGCUUUAACAAAUGUAUAUUGAUGUUU